AUGGAUGCAAAUGCAACAGCCACUGACUGGGCCGACGGCCCGUUCGACCUCGUCCCUAGUCCCAAGUUUACCGUCCAGGACCACGCCGGCAUCUUCGCCGCCAACGAGAUGGCCGUGUCGCACAACAUCUACAUCCGCGGCCUCAACGCCAUCUACCGCCAGGCCGAGGGGGUGGCCCUCGCCGCGGACGUGGCGGACUUCCUGGCCUUCUGCAGGAUUUGGGUCGAGGUGAUCCACCACCACCACCGCACCGAAGAGGCGGUCAUGUUCGCGGGGGUCGAGGCGGCGCUCGGCGAGGGCGUGAUGGCAGGGAACCUGGAGCAGCACCGCGCGUUUGAGAGCGCGAUGGAAGGCUUCGCAACGUAUGUGUCGAGCACGAGCGUCGACGCGUACGACGGGGCCGCCGUCAAGCAGCGGAUUGACCGGUUCGGGAAGCUCCUGGUGCAGCAUCUGCACGAGGAGAUCCAGACCCUGCUCUCGGUGCGGGAGCGCCUCGAUCCGGCCGGGGAGGUGCUGAAGCAGCACUAUCUGGCGUUUGAGAAGAGAUUGGUGGCGCAGAGUUCUUGGACUCGCCACCAGCCGUUCAUCUUUGGCUGUCGGGAUGUCACGUUUGAGAAUGGCGUGAACGGGAACUGGCCGCCGGAUGCCCCGUUCUUCGUCCCCUAUGUCAUUUCGGGCGUCCUUUCAAGGAAGUUGGCUGGUGUUUGGCGGUUUCUGCCUAGUGAUUUCCACGGACGGCCGCGUCCGUUGCCGUUUGCGAGUCGUCGUGCAUAG